AUGAGUAUCGAUAGUUUUGUUACUGCUGUAUCUGAUGUAACAAAUAUAGAUCGUACUGGAUCAAUUGUAGGUACGAAAGGUCGAUUCAAAGUUAUUCAUAUUGAUGAAACAGAUGAAGUAUCAUCAACACCUGAAUUAAAGUCACAAUAUCAACAUGAUUUAUAUUCUAAAUCGAUACGUCAACAUCCAUCAAAAUCUGAAAAUAUUGAAAAUUCGACUGAAACAGAAUUAAUCAUUGAAAAAGAAACUGGGUUUUUAAAAAAUUUAUAUGAUUAUCAAGGUGGUACAUUUAUGUCUACUAUUGACAAUCUAUCUAAUUCAUCUUCCAAUGCUCAAUUAAAUACUUUAUUUGGUGUUUAUCUUCCAUGUGUACAAAAUAUUAUUGGUGUUAUUGUUUUCAUUCGACUUUAUUGGGUUAUUGGUGUAAGUGGAAUAUUGGAAGGAUUGAUUAUUAUUGGACUCUGUUGUUUAUGUACUUUUCUUACUGCGAUUUCAUUAGCUGCAAUUGCAACGAAUGGAAUUGUUCCAGCAGGUGGUUCUUACUUUCUUAUAUCAAGAUCUUUAGGUCCAGCUGUUGGCGGUGCUGUUGGAUUUUUAUUUUAUGUAGGCAAUGCGUUAGCUGGUGGUUUAUAUGUUUUAGGUGCCAGUGAAAUUCUUUUAAAAUAUACAUGUCCUAAUAAAUGUCAUUUAUUCGGUGCCUCAAUUGAAAAUCAACAAAGUGCAUUUAAUCAUUAUCGUGUAUAUGGUACAAUUCUACUUUGUAUUCUUGGUAUUAUUGUUUUUCUUGGUAUAAAAAUUGUUUCACGUAUCGCUCCAUUUACUUUAUUAAUUGUUUUUCUUUCUAUUAUGUCUGUUCUAAUUGGAAUAAUUAAAAGUGCUAUAUCACCUAUUUAUUUACCCAUAUGUAUUAUUGAAAAAGAUAAUGUUAAACAUUUACUGAAAUCCUCUAUAUUAAAAAAUAAUGUUAUACGUUAUUGUCAUUCGAAUAUGACAUGUAAUGGAGAGAUCUGUCCGCUUCGACAAGCCAUUUGUGAAAAUAAUAUUAGUAGUAGUAUCGAUUGUAAUGAUUUAAAAAAUGUUUAUUUAAUAAAUGGAAUACCUGGUUUAAAAGAUUGGCAAUUUAAGAAUAAUUUUAAAUCAAUGUAUAUGAAAGAUGAAGAAAUAAAAAAUGGCAUUCUCGGAGAUUCAAAUGUAGAAGUUGUUAGUAAAACAACAACAUCAUUUUUUAUUUUAGUUGGCAUUUUCUUUCCAAGUGUAACCGGUAUCAUGGCAGGAUCAAAUAGAAGUGGAGAUUUAAAAGAUCCAAGUCAAUCUAUACCUCGAGGAACAAUAUUGGCUGUAAUAACAACAUCUGUAAUCUAUAUUCUCCUAGCAUUUCUUCUUGCUUGUUCAAUUCAAGGUAUACUUUUACGUGAUCGUGAUGGUUUAAGUAUUGAUCAACAACUUGUCGAAGCUGUUAUUGCUUGGCCAUCGCCAUAUGUUAUUAUUAUCGGAGCAUUAUGUGCUUGUUUUGGUGCUGGAUUACAAUGUUUAAUUGGUGCACCUCGUUUAUUACAAUCAGUUGCAAAAGAUGAUAUUAUGCCAAUAUUAAAACCCUUUCAGUCAACAUUUCGAAAUGAACCAUUCAAAGCUUUAUUAUUUACAUUAACUUUAUCAGAAAUAAGUGUACUCGUCGCUAAUUUAGAUAUUGUUACAACAAUUGUUUCUGAAUUUUUUCUUAUGUGUUAUUUAUCAGUUAAUCUUGUUUGUAUUCUUCAAACUCUUUUACAUGAACCAUCAUGGCGCCCACGUUUUCGUUUCUAUCAUUGGUUAUUAUCAUUUGUUGGUGUUGUUGUUUGUAUUUCUAUUAUGCUUAUAUCAUCAUGGUAUCUUGCAUUGAUAACUUUAACAAUUGGUAUUAUAGUUUAUUUGUAUAUUUGGUAUGCUGGAGCAAAUAAAGAAUGGGGUGAAGGUUUAAAAGGUUUACCAAUGUCAAUAGCACAUGUAGCUUUGUCACGUUUAAAUGAUCGACCAAUGCAUACAAAAAAUUUUCGACCACAAAUUUUAGCUUUUAUUAAAUGUAAAUAUAAUGAAAAUCAACAUCGAUGGAUGAUUGAACAUGAAAAAGUACUUGAUUUAUUAAGUCAGUUAAAAGCUGGAAAAGGUCUUGUUAUUGUAGCAACAGUUAUACGAGGAAAAUAUGACGAAAAACGUGAUAUAGCUGAACAAUUACGUCAGUAUUUAAAAGAACAAAUGAUUACACAUAAAAUUUUAAAUGGAUUUAUUGAUGUACUUGUUACGAAUAAUAUUUAUGAUGGAAUUAAUUCAUUGAUGCAAACCAGUGGCGUUGGUGGAUUUCGUCCUAAUACGGUACAGUCAUGUUUGGCAAGUAUUUCCUAUAUAUCUAUCUUUAUUUGUAAUAUAAAUGCUUCUAUAGAUUGGCCAACAUCAUGGGAAAAAUAUCAAUUUGAUGGUCAUAUCGAUGAUACAAUCGUUUCCUAUCUCGAUUCCAUCCGUUUAGCUGAAAAUAAAAAUUUUGCUAUAUUACUUCUUAAAAAUAUUGAUUCUUAUCCUAGUUUAUUAGAUAUUCAAUCUGGUUAUAUUGAUAUAUGGUGGAUAAUACAUGAUGGUGGUCUAUUAUUCCUUUUAGCAUUUUUAUUACAACAACAUCAUGUUUGGAAUAAAUGUAUAUUACGUUUAUUUACAAUAUGUUUACCCAAUCAAGAACAACAUAUACGACAACAUGAACUUGAACAAUAUGUUUAUAAUUUACGUAUACAAGCUGAAGUUCAUACUGUUACCGUUCCCGAUCAAGAAAUAUCUGCAUUUACAAAAUAUCGAACAAUGACAACUGUAAAUUCGAAAUCCUCAAAUCCAUUUGAUAGAACAGAAAAACAAGUGAAUUUCGAAAGAGAAAAUCAUUUACAUCCAACAAAUAAUGAUCAUAUUUAUUAUACAUUUACACCAUCUGCGAUUGGUCAAAUAACGAAAGGAAAACGUUUAGAAUAUACACUUGUUGAAGAUUUACAAGUACGAAACAAAAUGCACUCAGCAGCUCGACUUAAUCAAACAAUUCUUGAACGAUCACGUAAUGCACAAUUAGUUCUUAUUAAUUUACCUAAAGUUCCAAGAACAAAUGUUAAUGCUGAUUAUGCAUAUAUUGAAUUCGUUGAUCAAUUAUGUGCAGGAAUUUAUCGAUGUAUUCUUGUUAAAGGUGGCGGAAGAGAAGUUAUAACCAUAUUCUCAUAA